UCAAGCCGGACAUGAAAGUUAUUGUACACGCUGUUCACUUGAAAGAAAAAUGGCGUCAAGAACCGCCAACUGUUCCUAAAAGUCAGAAACCUACGCUUGGAGAUUCAGAAAGUUCCAAAGCUGUGAGUGAAAACAGCGAGAACAACAACAGUGGAACUGUUGUAAAGGCACCUCUCGCCAGGAACAAUUCCCUCACCAAUGAGUCCACCUUCGUGCCACCAAGGCCUGCCCCACCUUAACCAGGUGGGGAUUAUCCACGGGUGGGCUCUUUCGCAAAUGGUUCUCAGUCAUUUUGCAAUCCUACUCCAAUGAUGUCCAGUGUCCUUGAGCCUUCACAAUUUGGAACAAGUAUUCUGCAAUCCACAAUCUUAAUGGUCACUGUCUUCUCCCAGACAUUGAUGUAUCUGCCAUUUUAAAGACAAGACAGUCUUACCAAACGCAGCAGUAGAACCUGAAAGGAACAAUGAACAUGAAAAGAGACUCCAAGAGAUGCAGAUAUUCUUGUUGGCCUACCUCACAGCAAAGAUGGCGAAUAAUAGCCAGAAAUUUGAGGUAGGGGUGGAGGGGUGUAUUUUAUCAGUGAUGGAGGAAGAGGAGCAGCUACGGAAGGAAGACCAUGAGAAGAACAAGCAGCUUGAUGACCAGCUCGAUUUACAGAUCACAGCGCUAACUCCUGUGGUGCUGUCAAGAAGUUCACAGAGGAAUUACAAGCCUUUUGCCACCGCAGUCGACACCCACGUCAUGAGCUGCCAGUGAAGAACUUCUUCAUUUGAGGGGGACAGAAUUCUGUUUCUGGAUAAAGUCACUGCUAGUCUGAAGAUGAGUGAGGAAGUGUUACUGCAGUGCACACAGGGAGCUCAGCAUGACCACGAGAAUUCUGCUGAGUGCCUGAGAGGGAUGAAUGCUGCUGCACAGAACAUCAGCUCUCAGGGAUUUCCUUCUUCAUGGGGGUCUUUCAGAGUUGGUGGAGCUGUCAUCGCUGGUCAGUCACCAGACCGUUCAGAUUCAGCAGUUCUUGGAGGAGCUUGGCUUGACCAAAAAGUGCCCCAAACAGUGAAGCAGCAUUGGAGAACCUUGUAUAGCAUGUACAGUCUAUAGUUUUUGUUAACAUAGUUUAAUUACUGAACAUGGGAAAUGUUUUGUAAAACUUUAUAAUAAAUUGUAUACCUCAAUAUGUAAUGUAUUUUACGUGCUUUUCAAAUUACUUGAUAUUGUAAGACAUUUCCGUCACCUCGGAAGUGUUUCAAGUAAACAUUUGUAUCCGUAUGAUAUUGCUGCAAGGAUACAUUGUAACACCGUUACUGAAUUGAUACAUGUGACAAGUUAUUGCUAAAGUUCGCCGGAUGUGACGUAGGAGCCAUCACGAUAAACGUGGAAUUCGUUGUUGCUGAUUGGUUCAUUCUAGCAAGUGACGUUGUUGCCGUCACAGUUGACCAAUGAACAACAAGAUAGCGUCCCGUCGUGUUUCCCACUCCAGAAGGAGAGGACAGCCCGUGGAAAGGGAUUGGAGGCAACACCACAACCAGGGGGUAUGGCGAGAAGUGCAAGAGGAGAGGAGGCAGGAGUCCAUCCCCAGGGGUGUCUGCCUGUCUAUGUGCCCUAUCCGCGAGCUGCAGGACAGGGAGGCCCAGAACUUACUGCACCGAUUUGAGGUGUUGUCGGGUACUGAGCGGGAACGCUGGCCCAGGGCUGACCCCUCAGGAGUGGUAAAGGAGUAUGCUAGACCUGCAGCAGGGAAGGACUCCACUCGACCUAGUGACCUGCGACCACCAGCUGUGCUGCUAAAGACUGUGUUCUACCUCGUCGACAACAUCGCUGCCUCCCCCACACUGCGUCCAUGGACCGAGGUGUAUGAUUUUGUCUUUGACCGGCUGCGCAGUGUGAGACAGGAUAUGAUCAUCCAGAGGGUGUCUGGUGCUGACUGUGUGGCCGUGCUGGAGAGGACAGUCCGCUUCCUGAUCUACGCCUCCUACCGGCUGUGUGGGGAGCCCCUGCGCCUCUACGACCCCCGCAUCAAUGACACCCACCUGCAGGAGAGCCUCAGCUGGCUGCUGGAAUGCUACACCAGUGGAAAGCACCCCAACCAGGAGGAGUUCCAGGCACUCGGUCUCCUCUACAACCUGGGUUCAAGCCGUGCCACACAGCACACCAUGGAGCUGCCAGAGCGGAUACGCUCCUCUCCUGUCAUGCAUCUGGCCCUGUCAGUGAGCCGGGCCUUCAUGGAACGCAACCCUGUACGACUCCUCCGAUUGGCCCACAGUCUGGACUUCCUGCAGAGCUGUGCCCUGCACCGGCACCUAGUGACCUGUCGCAGAGACCUGCUGCUGAUCUACAGCCACGGACACAGCAGCAAGAACUGCCGCUUCCCCCUCCACAAGCUGUCCCACAUCCUGGCCCUGGAUGUCCCCCUCACCAACCAGCUGUGCCAGGCCCAUGGGGUGGAAGUCCAUGGGGACUCUGUGGUCUUCUCCAAGACCACCUUCACUGAGCCAGAGGCUGGGAAGCUACAGUGUGCACACUUUCAUGAUCUGGUGGACAGGAAGCAGAGGGAUCUCACUGUUGGUAGCAUCAUUCAUGGCUGCACUUGAUAUGACCAGUCAUGGACAUUGGAUAAACUGCGGCCUGCCUGCUCCAAGAAGACUGAGAUGCACUUGAUUUUAUAGAUUUUAAAGUUUUCUAAAUAAACUUGUUUUAAUGUGAAUGGUGAAUGUUCCCUUAACAUUGACACCUGUUACAUUUACACAUAAAAAUGUUGUGAUUAUAAAGUUGCUCUUUUGGACAAAUCAAACAUUUGAUUAUGAUAGAUCAGCGAUCACACAAGAAAUGUAUUCCAUAUAGAGAACCACAUGAAUUACCAUGUUUUAUAUACUGUAUCUAUAAUUGUUUUUGACUUCUGCUGCCUAUGGUUUUAAAAUAAAGCAAGUAUUUUUUGAAGA